AUAUUUUUGCGACCCGGACGCGUCAUGAAAGUGAUGGCAUCCUUGGCAACCGAGUUAGCAGCACUACUGAAGAGACGUACAGGAAGCAUUACCGAGCAAAACAAACACUACCCCAGGCAAUUAAUACAUCUAGACUUAUCAGCUAACGACUCUGGCACGAUCUAG